AUGGCCUUCGGAAAGCUCUACGGUCUGCCUGAUAACGGUCGCACCAUCUCCAUCCUGGUCGCUGCUAAGCACAACGACCUCGAUUUGGAGCUGGUUAAGACUGAGGCCAACGCUGCUGCUGAGUUCAACUCCGGCGCUGAGUUCCUCAAGCUCAACCCUACUGGCAAGAUCCCCGCCUUCGAGGGUGCCAAUGGCUUCACCCUCUCUGAGGUUAUUGCCAUUGCCGUCUAUGUCACCUCCCAGAACGAGAAGACCACCCUUCUCGGCAAGACCAAGCAGGACUACGCUUCUAUCCUUCGCUGGAUGUCCUUCGUGAACACUGAGGUUCUGCCUAAGUUCGGUGCCUGGUACCGUCCUCUGUUGGGUCUUGAUGGUUACAACAAGAAGACUGUCGAUGAGGCCGCCAAGAGCGCCCUCAAGGUCGUCUCUGCCCUCGAGACUCACCUCACUGCCAACACCUACCUUGUUGGUGAGCGUAUCACCCUUGCCGAUAUCUUCGGUGCCUCCCUCCUUACCCGUGCUUUCGCCACUGUCCUUGACAAGACCUGGCGCGAGGCCAACCCCGCCACCACCCGGUGGUACAACACCAUUAUCAACCAGGACGCCUUCAAGGCUGUCUUCCCCAGCCCCAAGUUCGCUGAGGAGGUGAUUAAGCCCCCGCUGAGGCCCCCCGCCGCCGAGGCCCCCAAGCCCAAGCACCCCCUUGAGGCUCUUGGCAAGCCCACUCUCAUCCUUGAUGACUGGAAGCGCAAGUUCUCCAACGAUGACCCCCGCACCGUCGCCAUGCCCUGGUUCUGGGAGAACCUCAAGGCCGAUGAGUACUCUCUCUGGAAGGUCAACUACCGUUACAACAACGAGCUCAAGCUCACCUUCAUGGCCAACAACUUGAUCGGUGGCUUCCAGACCCGUCUUGAGGCUUCCCGCAAGUACAUCUUCGGUGCCCAGUCCGUCUACGGCGAGAACUACGACUGUGUCGUCUACGGUGCCUUCAUGACCCGCGGCCAGGAGUGGGAGCCCGCUUUCACUGUCGGCCCCGACUACGAGGGUUACGAGUUCACCAAGCUCGACCCCUCCAACGAGGCUGACCGCAAGCUCGUCGAGGACAUGUGGGCCCAGGACGUUCCCGUCACCGUUGACGGAAAGGUCAAGGAGUGGACCGAUGGCCACGUCUUCAAAUAA